CCAGACGACUCGGUGCCCGCAGUCUUGCAGGACGACUCGAAGCCCGCUGUUCCGCCAGUUGACUCGGUUGCCCGCAGUCUUGCCAGACGACUCGGUGCCUGCAGUCUUGCCAGACGACUCGAAGCCGCUGUUCCGGCAGUUGGCUCGGUGCCCGCAGUCUUGCCAGUUGACUCGGUGCCCGCAGUCUUGCCAGUUGACUCGGAAGCCAUGUCGUGCCAUGGUGACUCGGUGCCCGCCGCUCCGCCUGGGGGCCCGAGACCUGUCGCUCCGCCUGGGGGUCCGGCGCCCCGCCGCUCCGCCUGGGGGCCUGAGACCUGUCGCUCC